GGUCCGAGUUACAUCCAUUUAAAGAUGCCACCUGGAUUAUCCACCUUAAAAAGGGGGAGUAUUCAGGUGCAAAAGGCAGCUAAAGUUGUUAACGAUCAAAUUGGGUCCCGCCAGGUGCUCGCGGUCUUUGUAAUCACCGGUUUCGUGCUUUGCGGUGUCGUUGAGCAAAGCGCAUCGGUGGCACUGAGGGCGAACAGUUCUUCGAGCAUUACAGCGGAAGAGUUCGCCGAGUAUGUGGAAAAUACGAGUUAUAUCACUCGGUACUGUCAGCCGGCGAACAAAAAUAGGAGUUAUGGUCACGUGGUGCGAUCCAUUCCUCACAUCGAGAUACCCAUGACAAGGACGGAUGAAACUGAGUCAGUUUUAAGGGAGGCCUUUAUGUGGGGGACGUUGAUAUCGCCACUAGCUGCUAGCAGAAUUGCAGCACGUGUUGGAGCUGAAAGGCUUUUCGGUGCCGGUGUCCUUGGCACGGCGUGUGCUGCAGUUAUGGUACCUGCCGCCUGGCUGACUCCAUACCACGUGGGGAUUCGGAUUAUACAGGGAAUAUUCAUGGGUGCAACGUGGCCUGCUGCCCAUAUGCUGGCAGUCACAUGGUUUAAACCAAAGCAUCUGAGCGGUUUCGUUUCAAUGUACACAGCUGUAAACCUUGGAUAUGCGAUUGUGGGAUUACUUGGUACUCCAUUAGUACGGUUUUGUGGAAGGGACUCUCUGAGUUACAUCAUUUGCUUGUGCUCCUGCUUGUGGUACUUUCUAUGGUGGCGGUUUGUGGAAGAAUCCCUCAACCCAAAUCGUCCGAUUCGAGACGAACACAAGCUCCUACCAUGGAGAAAGUUACUGCUAUCUGGACCUGCCUGGGCUUGUGGUGUAGCAGUCGUUGGAAGUCAAUGGGCGGACGCCACAUUAAUGUUGGGUGUCACUAAGUAUUUAAAACUAGUCUAUGGAUUCAGCAUCGAAUACGAUGACGUUUUGGCGUCUUUACCACAUAUUGGUCACUUCUUUGCAGCUAUAACAUUUGGAAUUGUGGUAGACCACGUGCGUCAAUCCGGUUUACUUUCAACUACCUCCGCGAGGAAGCUCUUCGUGUACAUUUCACAUUUUCUUCCUGCCGCCCUAAUGUUUGUAUUGGGGUAUACUGGUUGUGAUCCCGCUGCACCCGCUGCUAUGUACACUGCGGCGUUAGCACUGACAGGAGCAACUCCAGCUGGAGCAUUUGCUAGUGCGGCGGAUAUUGCUCCAAAUUUCGCAGGUACGGUUUUUGGUUUGUGCCAGACAAUAGGAGCCGCAGGACUUCUGGCAGCGAAUUACGCCGUCUCUGAAGGUUUACACGGAUCGUUUGCAGGCUGGUGGCGUUUAGUUUUCGGAGUAUCGUCGGCAGUAUUAUUAAUAACGGCGACAUUUUUCAUGACGAUGGGAAGUGGAUCAGUACAAGAUUGGAACGCUCCCGGUGAUUACGAAUCGGAAGCAGAACCAAUAGAGGAACCUUCAAGACUAGAUUCGGUACAAGAAUAAAGCAACGCCAUGUGAACUUUUCCAUUGUGUUUUCAAUAGUUAAGCAAUUCAGAUUACGUCCAUUGUAAAAGUUCGUAUUUCAUAAAAAGAUGACAAGAUUUCUCACAUAUUGUACUCAGUUCUUUGGUAACUACAAUUACGAAAUUGGGUAAGCGGAAUGCAC